UCGUAUGACGGUGUCUCGACUCUCGAGUCUUUCGUUGUCGUGAUUCUGAAUCAUUGAAAGUAACGAAGUAAAGAUGUGGUCACUGCGUUUCCCUUUCUCGUUUUCUCUGCCCCAACCACCUCAAUUCUCACGCCCAUUCUCUGCAUUCGCUGCAGCGGCCACCGCCGGAGCCACCGCCGCGUUUGUCGCCGUCUCCUCCUCCUCCCACGACCGCCCCUUUCUCCGGAAUUUCAUCUUCUCUUCUGACCACUCGCUACCUCUCUGGGGUUCACUGAGUAUGGCUGACGAUUGCAUUCCCACUGUUGAGUCAAAGAACGGAGCGUCGUUCCCUUCGGCUCUAGGCUCUUCUCUUAAACUCUGUGGGAUUGGUGUGAGGAAGAAAAGCAUUUUCGGAUUGAAGAACAUUGAUGUAUAUGAAUUUGGUGUUUAUGUUGACGAUACUGACAUAAAGAACUAUCUUUCUGAGAAAUAUGGGGAAUUGUCUAUUUCCCAAUUGAAGGGAAAUAAGGAGUUUACUGAAGAUGUCUUGGAAAAUGAUAUAUCCAUGAAAAUUAAACUUCAAAUUGUCUAUGGAAAAUUGAGCAUUCGUUCCGUACGAAAUGCAUUUGAAGAAACUGUAGGAAGCAGGCUUAAAAAGUAUGAGGGAUCAGACAAUAAAGAAUUGCUUCAAAGGUUCACUUCACAGUUUAAAGAUGAAUUCAAAAUACCACGUGGAUCUGUUAUUGAUCUCUCUAGAGAGAAGGGCCACGUUCUUCGCACAUCAAUUGACGGACAGGAAGUGGGAACCAUCCAGAGUAAACUCCUGUGUCGGUCAAUUCUAGAUUUAUAUAUUGGUGAGCAACCAUUUGAUAAACAGGCCAAAGAAGAUAUUGAGUUCAACAUGGCUUCUUACCUCAGAGAAAUAGACUGUUAAAUUAAGAAUCUUCUCUAAGACAUGGACUGUAGUCUUCUCAUUUCCUUGCUUCGGGCUUUUUUUCAUGACUUUUUAUCAAUUUGACCUUGUUGAUGUAACCCUUGGGCUUAGAGUUUGCAAUAGGAACAGGUAAUGUAAUCAUAUCUCAGCAUAACUGCCUUAUUCUAGCAAAUUUUUAGAAUAUAACUUGGGACUCAUAUGUAUUCAUUUUUUUUCUUCAGUAGAAGCAUAGGUUUCAAGCUC